AUGCUCCGCAACAUCCGAGGAAUGAUCUGCCUGACUCCGGAACAAAUCUGUGACGGAUUGCACAUUGCCCGGAUCGGUGGGAUGAAGAGGAAUUUUGUCGUGACGCAUGCAAAGAGAAGGAAUUCCCGUGACUGCCCCGACGGCGAAGACGAACAAGGCUGCAAGGAUCUCGAUGAAUGCCGCGGUUCUGCCAUGAUGUGCAAAGCGGAGGGAAAGUGCCUCCCCGCCCACAAGAUCUGCGAUGGCGUCAAUGAUUGCACCGAUGAAUUGCACCUGUUACAAUGCUCCGGCACCGGCAAGAACCUCUGCAACGACGGCACUUGCAUCACGAUGGAUAAGCUUUGCGAUGGGACGGCCGACUGCGGCGAGGGCUACGACGAGCACGGAUGCCCAUCA